GCUAAACGGGCAGGAAAUGUGCUGGCUCUGCGGUGUUGCGUACGCGUCCCGCACUCACUCUAAUCAUCAAUGAAUCCAACGUUGUUGUUUUUUAUAUCAGCUUUAUAUUAUCCAGUUGUGUUUUCCGACGGCAGUUGUGAUUAGCUAACAUUUUCUUGUGUUAGCCGAACCGUCAGGAUGGGGAGGCGUCAUGGCUGUGUUUUGUUGCUGGCCGGUGGAAUUUUUCUGUCGGGGGUUUUCGUGUCUGAAGGUGCCCCCCUCCAGCACCGCCACACACCAGGUGGCAAGGAUGUGCUGUCUCUCUCUCUGUACCUGCCGCUGGUUGUAUCUCUGAUGGCACUGGUGGCUUUAGUGGUGCUACUGGUGAACUGUGUCACCUGCUGCAAGGAACGGGAGAUCAAUUUCAAGGAAUUCGAGGACCACUUUGAUGAUGAGAUUGACUUCACCCCUCCAGCCGAGGACACACCCUCCAUGCAGUCCCCUGCUGAGGUGUACACCCUUGCCGUUCCCCCUGUGGCCCUGCCUGGACCUCCACACCUCCAACCUCCCCCCCGUAUCUCAGAGGGAUCCACAGGCUCCCAGGUGGCACGCCACAGCCUGAGCUACAUCCAGGAGAUUGGCAAUGGCUGGUUUGGCAAGGUCCUCCUUAGUGAGAUCUACACAGACCCAGGUGCAGCCCAAGUGGUUGUGAAGGAGUUGAAGGCUAAUGCUAGCGCAAAGGAGCAGAACGAAUUCCUGCAACAGGGGGAUCCAUACAGAGUUCUGCAGCAUCCAAACAUCCUGCAAUGUCUGGGCCAGUGUGUGGAGGCCAUCCCCUUCCUGCUUGUCUUUGAGUUCUGUGAGAUGGGUGAUCUGCGGGGCUACCUGUCUCAGCAGGACUGGAUGUUUAGAAAUGCUGAGCUGCUGCAGCUGCAGAGGAUGGCCUGUGAAAUUGCCGCCGGUGUCACUCACCUUCACAAAAACAAUUUCCUGCACAGUGACUUGGCCCUAAGGAACUGCUACCUGACUGCAGAUCUGACUGUUAAAGUGGGAGACUAUGGAAUUGGACCCUACCGCUACAAAGAGGAUUAUAUAAUCACAGAGGAUGAUGUGUUUGCACCCCUUCGCUGGUUGGCUCCUGAGAUAGUGGCCGAGCGCCAUGGCGGGGUAAUUACUAUGGAACAGACCAAGCCCAGCAAUGUGUGGGCCUUGGGGGUCACAUUGUGGGAGCUCUUUGAGAAUGCAGCUCAGCCAUACCCACAUCUAUCUGAUCGUGAGGUCCUUAGUCAUGUCAUCAGGGACCAGCAGAUCAAGCCCAUGAAGCCACAGUUGGAGCUGCCCUACUCUGACAGAUGGUAUGAGGUGCUACAGUUUUGCUGGUUGUCCCCAGACAAGCGGGCCACAGCAGAAGAGGUGCAUCGUUUACUCACCUACUUGCGCAUGCAGGGCCAACGGGACAUAGAGGAAGACUUUGAGCAACGCUGGGAUGCUCUAAAGCCUAACCCUUCUACAAGGCAGACCACUGUUAGUCACUCCUCUUUCCCAAUCCUGGAGCAGUUUGCAGAGGAUGCCCUGCGACAAGAGAUAGACGAGGUGCUCACUGUCACAGAAACAAGCAAAGGCCUUAGCUUUGAGUACGUUUGGGAGGCAGCUAAGCAUGACCACUAUGACGGCAACCAUGGACAUUCAGGCAUGGACACAACAUUAAACUACCAGAGUAUGUUUUUCCCUGUUCCCAGCGAGGAUAUUCAGGCACAUUUUCCAGAUCUUGUGGCCAGAUCAGGGACAACAGAAACGGGUAGUAACCUUUCAGGAAUCCCUGGGAUUUUGCCGGUAUUUGAUGUACAUAAGCCCUCUAAUAGGACUGAGUAUUACAUCCAGCUCGAAGAACAAGGGGAGAUAAGCAUGGGAUCUGAUGUGAACAAAGGGCUGCAUGUGGACACAAGCUUAGGCAGGGAAGAUGUUGUUGUUCUCCAAGAUGUCCGUCUAGAUGAGUCUAGCACUGAUGCAGAUUUCUUCCACCAAAGUAUUGACUCCAAGGACUCCUUUUUACCAGAUAGUCACAUCUGGUCAUCUCUUGAGAAUGACAGUCCUUACCACACCAACAUCUUCACCGAGGAUGAGUCCAAACAGGAGGAUUCCUUUUCCUGGAGAAGGGAUUUCAUGGAGCCCCCAGAAUCCAAUGGGAACCCCUUUCAUGAAGGUUCAUCUUCAGAAGCCCCCAAAGUAGAUGGAAAUGAAAGUUUAGGUGACUCUUUUUUAGGGGAUUGUACAGAAACCACUCACCUGGAGGGCUCUCGGGAAGACAUGGGAGAGAAUGUAGAUAUGACAAGGUUUCUGACCACUGAAAAAUUAGCUGCCAACUUCCGGUUUCUCAAAGAACAGAGCCUUAUUAAAGAGGGCUCUACUUUAUCAGGGAAAAGUGAAAGUCCUCAACAGAAUUUUCUUUCACCCGGAAUUGCCCACAUACCCGAAGAAAGCUUCAAAAUGAGCUCUUGGGACAACCUUGAGGCAUUGGACAGUUUAAACAUAGCUGAAACCUUCUUAAAAUCAGUAGCACGUAGCAAAUCCCCACAGCAACUCCUAGAAUCUUCAAGUCCCAGCUUGGGAAAUUUCUGUCAGUCUUUGGAAAAUGAAACAUUGGUGCCUUCCAUUGUAGUUGACACAGAUGAUAUCCCAAGUCACCAGCUGCCAGUUAGAAAUAGUUCUUCCACAGAAGACAUUGGCCUGCUUGAUUCCUCAAACACAGUCAUAGACUCUGCUUUUGAUUAUACCUCCGAGAGAUUUGAGGUUCCAGUUAGUCUAACUGAUAGUUGCCCUAAUCCUGUCAUUGAAAGUGCCACGACAGACUCUUUGUGCACGGAUGCCAAAAUCCCCAGCCUUGAAGACGACCUUGGAACCUCAAAGGAUAGCGUUCAGCCUGUAGGAAUUGACUUAAAAGUCCAUGUAUCACCUUCAGACAAUGGCCAUAGUGAAGGCCUAAUGAGUGAUGAUUUAUUAAGUGAACUAGUUGACGAUGAAGAAGUAGAACUUGAAACUGCCCUGUCUGACCACGAAGAACACUUCCUGGAUGAUGAUGGCUGUCCUCCUGUCAGGUCCUCUCUGCUGGUCUCUGGCCCUUCCCUGGACCAGAUCAGCCAGGACAGCUUAUUGGAAGACAGUGUCUCCACUACUCUGCCCACAGUGGAUAAUUCAGCUGAAACACCGGACUCUUUAGACUCCCUUGACAUCCAGAGGCUAGGAGGGCCAGUAGAAGAGCUUAACACUCCAGUAGCACCUCACAAACUCCAUCCUCCAUAUAAAUUAGCAGACAGUGGAUAUGAGACAGAGAACCUAGAGUCUCCAGAGUGGAACUCCCAACCCACUGAGGGAGACCAUUCUUUGGCAGAGAAUGGCACAAGUGUUGCUGAAGGUUUAGAAACAGAAGAGCCUACAGCCACCACAACGCUAGUUCCACCUGAAAUCAUUAUAUCUGAAGUAGAGAGUGUGGCUGAUGCUCAGAAUGAGGAGAACGAUGAAGGCCAGCACCCAGAGCCCAUAGAUCCUGUUGAGGAACCAUUCAUGGGUGGCAACUACAGAGACUCCGCCUACUUCUCUGACAACGAAUCUGAACCUGAGAAGAAGUCUGAAGAAACAAACAUGGGAAGUUCUGUGAAGGUCUCAUGGAUGAAGAGCUCUCCUGACAUGGUGAGCCAGGCCUCAGGAGGACCAUCUGCUGAGGCUGUGGGUUUAGGUUUCUCCGAUUCUGAGCAGGUAUCUCCUAUAGAUUCAGGAACAUUGGCUGAAGCGGGAGAAAUACCGGUUCCUCAAGUUAGGAGCAUGUUGCCAGAUGUCGUUUCAUCAACUGAGGAGAACCAUGAGAAAGAGGUGACAAGGUCUGUUGGCAGCCAUAGUGAAGAUACAGAUAAGCUGGAAUUCUUUCAAGACUUCAGGUCCUCUGAUCAGCCAGUGUAUGAUGAAACAUCAGACAAUCUACAAAUCUCAUCAUCCCCAACUCAAUCUCUUACCUCAGCCAAACUGUUGUCAGAGACCACAGUUCAUGCAAAACUUACCAGGACCUAUGCCAGUGAUGGUUCAAAAAUAAAAGAACCAGACAUGGAGGGUCGUUACCUGGGCAGACGAGAAGGAUUGGGGAUAGAUGGACAGGAGGACGGGAUCGAUGCCGAUGAGGAGGACGAGAACAGCGAUGACUCUGAUGACGACAUGCGUGCAUACCGGCUACAUGACUCCAGCUCAGAAAGCGAUGAUGACUUUGUGCAUCCGGUGCCACUUAUCAUCUCUGAUGACAGUAGUGCAAAGAACCUAAAAAGCCUGUUGAAACCUACCACACUAAACAUUACAGCAAAAUCCCCCCUUUCACCUGCUGGUAGCGAUGCAGACAACUCCAGAAGAGCUGUGUCCUUCUUUGAUGAUGUCACUGUAUACCUGUUUGAUCAGGAAACCCCGACAAAGGAAUUGGGAGACCACCCCUCAGGCACCAACAACCAGGUGUCGGAGUUCAGUAGUCCAGUGCCUGCUACCGGCUACCUAAACAGGUUCACCAACUCUGAGAGUUCCACAGAUGAAGAAGGUGGCGGCUUUGAGUGGGAUGAUGAUUUCUCCUCGUCUGAAACCUUCCUGUCUAAGGCAGCUGAGGACCUGUCAGUGUCCAAGGCUAUGUCCUCAUCUGCAGCGUCACGCUUUUUCUCCCCUCCUCCUGCAAUAAGCCGUGCAGCAGAGCCCAGCUGGACCAGCUCCUCCAACUACUCCCGCUUCUCCAUCUCCCCCGCCAGCAUUGCCAGCUUCUCCCUCACACAUCUUACCGACUCUGACAUUGAACAAGGAGGAAGCAGUGAAGAUGGAGAGAAGGACUAGCCAGAUAAAUGACGGGACCAUUUCCUUGCACACUCGAGGAACAAACCAAUGCUCGCACAUUUCAGGAAUGUGGGAGAGCUGGACAAAGACAGGUGACGUGGUUUGGUGCAAAUCAUGGAUGCUUCUCUCAGGCAGAACUGCUCUUUUCUUUGACGGAGUUGGCCAUGAAUAGGACUUUGAUAAACAUAUGACCGACUCCCUCCGUAAUCCAUAAACUCCUUUUAGCAAAUAAGACAGACGAGACCCUGUCCCUGUCUCUGAGUAUCAUCAACAUUGUUGUGUUGUCUUUCUGAUCGGUGCAAUUUUGCAGGAAAAAAGCAACCAUACAUGACCUAGCUGCUUAGUGUUUGCUUUAAAGACUCAGUAAGCGCAUUCCAGUUGUCCAGUUGCUUCUUUGGUUUGUUGUGUUGGUUAAAGCACUCCUUUCCCAAGAGUUACGGUGUCACCAAAAAGAGACUUUUUUUAAAGCCCUGAAUCACUGAAUAGAACUGAAAUAAUAAUAAUAAAAAAUGGGGCCUGGCAAACAUGUUUGCAGCCACAAAAAAAAAAGAAAGAAAAAAAAAAGCCCUUUUGCUUUUGGCAGAGCUAAAACUCGAGAUCCGACAUUGCUCGCUAACAUUUCUUCUUUACAUCAUCGUGCAGUUAUUACUGUAGUUGCCUUUUUGUAAUGAUUAUUUUGUUAAAUCUCUUAUCAGGUGUACCCACAAUCUCCUAACGGGAGAGAACAGCAACUAUAUACGGUGAGCUUCUCUAGCAGGUUUUGAAUGAGACGGGUAGGAUUUUAGGAAGCGCCACAUUUGAGCUUUUCGUCAUAGGAUAACCGACUUACUGACGGCGCAGUCUGUUUGUCGAGAUGAUGUGUGGCGUCUUUUCUGUUUCACUCGGAAUAGAUGUCGGAGUUUCUUCUUUUGGAGACGUCUCAGAAUGGACUGGACAAGGAAAGUGGAGCGUAGCCUUAUAGGUGGGAUCCAUUUGAAAUCAAUUUCAGAGGAAAAAUUCAACGUAUUUAUUAAUACCUCAAAUUUGCUUUGAAUGGAUAAGACGGAGCUUUAUCGGGAUCUGAUUUGUCCAAAUUAUUUAUCAAUGGGUCUUAUCACAGUGCCUGUUAUACUGUAAAUUUAAUUGCUCCCCGUCGUUCAUUAUCGCUACAGAAUUGCAAAUUACACAUUUAGGAAUGGUUAGAAUGUGUAAUAAAGUGGGAGAUUUUUUUUUUCAAUGUCAGAAUGUAGAAACGAAUUAAGCUGUUUGUAAAACUGAUGUGCUAUGAAUUUUCAUUACUGAGUUGGAAUUUGUGUUAGUUCAUUGGAUAAGCUACCGAAUAGGACAGCGUUUCUCGCGGAACGUGCCGGGACUUUUUAUUUGAAAGAAAUCACGACUACAAUGGAAAUCACUCUGCUACUACUACCACUUCACUAUCCCUCUGCUACUACUACUACCACCAAUUCACCAUCACCCUGCUACUACUACCACUUUACUAUCCCUCUGCUACUACUACCACCACCAAUUCACCAUCACCCUGCUACUACUACCACUUUACUAUCAACAUGGCCUCCUCUUGCCUUUUGUCCUUGGUUUGCUUUGUCUUACCAGCUGAACCGCCCUGGAAUUGAAAGAGGUUUUCCUGUAACCCCCUCCCUCCACACACACAUACAGAUGCACGCACACACACAUUCAUGCACGCACACACACAGCGUGCUCAUGUGUUGUGAGCACACAACACGUGUUGUGAGCACAACUCAUGCACACUUGCACAACCACCACACAAAUGCGAUUCUGAACAUUUGAUAGCCAUCUCAUUAAUGGGCCAUACUGUUUUAUGUGAUUCUGUCUAGCAGGGGAGGGUAGUGUGUGAAUCAUGAUGUGUAGAAACAAAACGGUAUGGCGAGGAUGCGAGAUGGGCUCUUUUCCAUGUCUCUAUGUUCAUGUACAGUAACCACAACUGUUCCUCCAGACUCGGUUGUAAUUGUAAAACUCUCCGCUGUAGUAACUCAAAAGUAGGCCUUGAAAUUCUCGUCAUUUGUGAUCUGUUGAACAGCUAUUCCUCACCCGUAGCAGUUAGAUGUCCCCCUUUUCUUCACGUACAGUAGGCACUGUAUCCUAGACAAGGCUGACCACGGUUAAAAGCCAGCAGCAUCCCGUGUGUCAGUUAAACUUGAAACAUUUUAAGGAAAUCCAACAUAAAUCCUUAUGUUCUAUUCGACUACAGUAUACAUUUGCUUAAUCUUGCACAUUUGAGAAGUGUAACUUAAUGUUGAACUGUACUGAUGUAUAUAAAUGUUUUUGGGGUUUUUAUGUUUUUGUUUUUGGUCUGUACAUUGGGAUCUGAUGUAACCGAGUCGCUGGUAUGAGGGUUCAUUUUGUAAUUUAAAGCUGAGUUGAUUAAAAAGAGCAACAUAUCACAGUCAUUAGCUAAGAGCAGUUAAAUUAAGACACAAACGCAGAUGUGAAAAUUCAUUGUCCUUUAAACUUGUAGAUUUUAAAAAAGAAAAUGUAAUAUUUUUACUUCAUACUGAUGAUCAUGCUUAGUGUAAUUGAAUGAAAUGUUUAUAAUUACACUGUUUAAUAUGGAAAUAAAUGCAAAUGUACUUCUA